GGCUCGUUCGUAAUUUCCAUUGUAGAAGACGGGCUAAACUCUCAUCCCUUCACCGGAUAAGACAAGAAAGGCUCUCUCUCUCUCUCGUCGCCAUGGACGUGCAUGAGGAAUCGAGGCCUCCUCCCACUAGUCGUCUCAACGGAAUUCGUCCCACCAGCUUCGCUCCCUCACUCUCCACACAGAGAAACCAUCGCUUCCGGAAUGAAGUUCCUGUUCGAGUUCGUCUCCUGCUGCGGGUCGCCGCGCAAGGAGGGGGAGAGGAUCCGGGCGGCGGCGGAGGAGUGGAAGCCGUCGCUGUGCGCGAUAUCGGAGGACGUGGUGGUGGUGACGGUGGAGAGAGUCGGAGGAGGAGAGACGAAGAAGAAGGCGACGGCGGAUCCGGCUCCGGAGCCGGAGCGGUCCGCCUCGCGGAAGAGGAGCGGGGGUUCGUACGCGAGAGUCCACGACCGGGGCUUCAACGGCGACGAGUACGAUCAGAGAAUCAAUUCCAGACUCCUUUUGUUUCUAUCUCAAGAAGAUGAUGAACGCACAGACGAACUUGAUUGAAUCAAUCGAUUAAAGACCGGGUUGAUGUUUCAGGAGGGCUUCGUUUCAGGCGGUCAUUCCGGCUUUCUCUCCGGCUCCAUUCAUGUUCUGAAAGUCGUUCUUGGUGUACAGGGUGAAUCGCUACAAUUUUCUUAAGUCUGGGUGUGGAAGUGGAGGCCAAAGAGUAGAUUUUGCUUUGUAUAUACGACCACUGUGUCUCCCCUUUUUAUAUAAAAUAUAUAUAAAUAUAUAUUUGUCUAUUUUUGGCA